AUGGAGGUAGACGCCGACGACAGCGGCAGCGAAGAUGACACAUCCGUGCUCGACGUCGACUUCGAAUACUUCAACCCCUCGCCGGAAAUCGACUUCCAAGGCCUCAAAACGCUGCUGCGCCAACUCUUUGACGUCGACAACCAGCUCUUUGACCUCUCCGAACUGGCCGACAUGAUCCUCGCGCAGCCCUUGCUCGGCACGAUGAUCAAGUGCGACGGCGAGGACAGCGACCCCUACGCCUUCCUCACCGUGCUGAAUAUGCACGUCCACCGCGGCAAAGCGGUGAUGCAGCAGCUGUCGCAGUAUCUCUCGCAGCGAGUGGCGGAUCACGCGGGCAUGCGCGACUCACUCGCGAAACUGCUGGAUGCUGGGGACGGGAAGGCGCAAGUUGGGCUUGUGCUUGCUGAGCGGGUUAUUAAUAUGCCGCAUCAGACUGUGCCGCCUAUGUACACCAUGCUGCUGGAGGAAAUGCAGUGGGCCAAUGAGGAGAAGGAGCCGUACCAGUUCACGCAUUAUCUGGUUGUGUCCAAGACGUACACUGAGGUGGCGUCGAAGCUGGAUGCGGAGGAUGAUAGGCCAUCGAAGAAGUCGAAGAAGGCUGCUGCUGGGGGCAGUCAGUCGGAGACGCUCUACUUCCAUCCCGAGGAUGAGGUGUUGGCUCGGCACGCGCUGGCGAGUUGUAAUUUCGACUACGUCAAGGCGGAGGAGGGAGCGAGUGAUUCGAAGCGCGCGUUUCAGGAGCUCGGCGUGCAGCCGCAAGGGCAUCUGAUCCUCAUUGAGGCGGGCAAGUUCGAGGCUGCGGUCAAGGCGGUGGGCGUGUAUCUGGGUGCUGAGGCUGCAUCGUAA